GGGGCGUGACCCCUGGCCCCACCUCCUCCGGGGCGUGGCCCGGAGGCAACCCUGGUAAGAGCCGCGUAGCCGGAGCCCGGCGGAACUAGUGUUCGCGCCGCCGUGUUUCCGGGCGGGGACACUCAGGGGGCGACGCUUGUCUGUUACCCACAGAGGCCUCCCGCGGCUGCGCCAGGCGCGGCCAUGAAGUUUCGGGCCAAGAUCGUGGACGGGGCCUGUCUGAACCACUUCACACGAAUCAGUAACAUGAUAGCCAAGCUUGCCAAAACCUGCACCCUCCGCAUCAGCCCUGAUAAGCUUAACUUCAUCCUUUGUGACAAGCUGGCUAAUGGAGGGGUGAGCAUGUGGUGUGAGCUGGAACAGGAGAACUUCUUCAACGAAUUUCAAAUGGAGGGUGUCUCUGCAGAAAACAAUGAGAUUUAUUUAGAGCUAACAUCGGAAAACUUAUCUCGAGCCUUGAAGACUGCCCAGAAUGCCAGGGCUUUGAAAAUCAAACUGACUAAUAAACACUUUCCCUGCCUCACGGUCUCCGUGGAGCUGUUAUCUAUGUCAAGCAGUAGCCGCAUUGUGACACAUGACAUCCCCAUAAAGGUGAUUCCUAGGAAAUUGUGGAAGGACUUACAAGAACCGGUGGUCCCAGAUCCUGAUGUUAGUAUUUAUUUACCAGUCUUGAAGACUAUGAAGAGUGUUGUGGAAAAAAUGAAAAACAUCAGCAAUCACCUUGUUAUUGAAGCAAACCUAGAUGGAGAAUUGAAUUUGAAAAUAGAAACUGAAUUAGUAUGUGUUACAACUCAUUUUAAAGAUCUUGGAAAUCCUCCAUUAGCCUCUGAAAGCACCCAUCAAGACAGAAACGUGGAACACAUGGCUGAAGUGCACAUAGAUAUUAGGAAGCUCCUACAGUUUCUUGCUGGACAACAAGUAAAUCCCACAAAGGCCUUAUGCAAUAUUGUGAGUAACAAGAUGGUGCAUUUUGAUCUGCUUCAUGAAGACGUCUCCCUUCAGUAUUUCAUCCCUGCGCUGUCCUAGCACCCUGUUGCUGGAGUUGGCAUGCAGAGACUUUGUCAGGAUGGGAGAGGCCAUAGGCGUUGUGUUCUGAUCACUGGUCUGUGUCCUCACAGCACUGCACAUCGACACACUGUACUUAUUUGUCCCUCUCUAACAUUUUAACUAAAAGUUGAUUUAACGACACACAGUUGGAUAAACAUAUCACUUCAUGUUGCUCAUGUCUGUUUUGUUUUGUCUUGUUUUGUUUUAUUUUUAAGACACUGAAAAAAAAAGCCAGAAUUUAUUUAUUCAGACUUUAAAGAACAAUUUCUCAUUGAUGUUGUGAAAAUCCUUAUGUAUUUAGACUUGGUGUAGUAGCCAGAAUUCGUAAAGCUCUUACCUGGGAGCUUGGUACUUUCCCUCCAGGCAGAGGCUCUAGCUCAGCAUGGCCUGUAGCGCACAGUCAGUCUUGCAUUUCAGUGUGUUCACCCCACUUGCUCCUGCCCCUUGGAGCCCAGUGUGACACAAAGAACAGCCUCUGUCACCCCGCCGCCACUGCCUUGGUUACUCAGAGCGCUGUGGGGUGUCACAGCUACAGCAUUUGGAGUCUCUCUCUUGCUGAGGACUCAAGCCCACCUGAGUCCACUCCCCUCUUGAUGUCUAGAGAGCUGGCCCAGGCAACACAGCUCUUAGCUGGGUGCUCCUUCUGCCAUUCCAAUUAGUUUCUCUCUGGGGCCAGUUUUGGGUUUAGGUUGUAAUUCCUUAUAUUUCUUUCUUCCACAGUGCAUCGGAUCUGUCGUUCUGGAAAGAAGACCCUUCUAUUUAGAGUAGAAACAAAUGAAACUUCUAAGGUAUCAUCAAGUGUGUUAAGUGAUGAGACCAUAUUUCUUUGAUGUUUCUGAACAUCAAAGCUGAUUCAGUUAUGGUAGAUGUGCUCAUUGUCCCUGAAACAUACCCGUCAUAUUUCCUAUUAUAAUUACAUCUCAUUGUCCUGUGGAGGUGGACAUGAUAAACAUUAUCUUUUGUUUUCUUGUUUUGUUUUGUUUGAAACAAGGUCUCACUCUUGUCACCCAGACUGGAGUGCAGUGCCACAAUCAUGGCUCACCGCCUUGACCUCCUUGGCUCAAGGCAUCCCCCCACCUCAGCUUCCUGACUAGCUGAGACUGCUGGUGUGCGCCACCACACGCAUCUAAUUUUUAAUUUUUCAUAGAGACAGGGUCUUACUGUGUUGUCCAGGCUGGUCUUGAACUCCUGAGCUCAAGCCACCCGCCCACCUGGGCCUCCCAAAGUGCUGGGAUUACAGGCAUCAGCCAUCACACCCAUCCAUAAACAUUAUCUUAAAUGUCACAUUACAAAACUGAGACCUACUAAGUUGCUUAGGAUAAGAUGAAAUUGGAAGACUAGCUAACAUGAAAAUUUAUAUUUUGGCUUUUUCAUGUUUUUUGAUAAAACCACUGUAUUUGAAUGAUUCUUUUGAUGUUUCGGUUUCUUUUUGAGACGGAGUCUCGCUCUGUCGCCAGGCUGGAGUGCCAGUGGCGCGAUCUUGGCUCAUUGCAACCUUUGCCUCCCAAGUUCAAGCGAUUCUCCUGCCUCAGCCUCCUAAGUAGCUGGGACUACAGGCGCAUGCCACCAUGCCCGGCUAAUUUUUGUAUUUUUAGUAGAGACGGAGUUUCACUGUGUUGGCCAGGAUGUUCUCGAUCUCUUGACCUCGUGAUCACCCGCCUUGGCCUCUGAAAGUGCUGGGAUCACAGGCGUGAGCCACCACGCCUGGCCUAUGUUUAAUAAUGUUGAAAUAGGAUGGAAUAUUUUGUUAAAUUAACAUUUUAAAAUUAGAAGACACCGUUUUAAUUUUUAAACCCUUCCUCCUCUCAUUGUAACGAAAUUAAUUCCAGCUGCAGUGAGAAAACUUAAAAAUCAUGAUACAAAAUGAAACAAUAUCUGAAAGUAGUUUUAUAAAACUGAAAUUGCUGUUAAAGAGAAUGUGUUAGUAGACUUAACCAUUUGCUCUAUAUGAUGUUUAUUAUCAAAUACACAUAAUUUUGAAGAUUUUAAUGAAUGGCUUAAGAUUUUAUCUUUGUGUAGAAUGUGGCUAAAGAAACCUUAGUUGAGAUUCAAGAAGUUGGUGUCUGUUUCUGAUUCUUAUCACAACUUGCUACUUAGUGUCUACCAAGUCCUCCACCUCUUUGCUCCUCAAAGAGCUGUGAAAAAUGAUGGCAGGAGCCGGUACAAAACCACAGACUUAGAGAAGGGCACAGUGCUGCUUUUAUUGAAUGAUCUACCAAGGUAAAAUUUUGCCGAGUUAAGAAAUAGCAAUUUCAUCCAUUUAGGGGAUUGAAUAUAAUUUGAAAAAUUAACUUAUUUCAAGACUAACAUCUCAAAGUGUUGAGACCUUUUUUAAAAUAGCUUUCUGGAUUUUGAGGCAUACUUUUACUGGCUGUGAUUUAUAAGAAUUUGUGGUUUGUGGAGUACUGUCCUAAAUGCCAGGGUAAAAUAAGGCAGUCCCAUGCCUUGCCUGCCCUGGGCUCAGGGCCUCACAUCCUUUUGGUAGGCACAUCUUUUCUCUCCUCCCUUGUUCUGCUCUCCCCCAGCAUAUACCUCCUAGCCCCAGGCAAUUACUUGUCUAAUAUCUAUCUCUAUAUACUUGCCUAUUCUGGUUUUUAGCUUUUUUUUUUUUCCUGAGGGAGACAGGGUCUGGCUCUGUCCCCCAGUCUGGAGUGCAGUGGUACAGUCAUGGCUCACUGCAGUCUCAAACUCCUGGGCUUAAGCAGUCCUCCUGCCUCACCCUCCCAAGUAGCUGGAACUACAGGUGUGUGCCACUGCGCCCAGCUAAUUUUUAUAUUGUUUUGUAGAGGUGAGGUUUUGUACGUUGCCCAGGACUCCUGGGCUCAAGCAGUCUGCCUGCCUCAGCCUCCCAAAGUGCUAGGAUCACAGCUGUGAGCCACCACACCCAGCAAUUCUUUUUAUCCAAGAAUUUUAUCACCUGAGUUUUGAGGUCAUUCUGUGCCAUAUCAGAGACACUUAAGAAUUUCCCAUUCCAGUUGCUCCUGGCUAGCAUCCAAGUGGCCCUGCCGUCGUCCUCCAGCCCUUCCUUGGCCCAGCAGGGAACUGCUUAGCCAUCAGGUCUGUAGGCUGAGUUUACAGUGAGGGACUGUGCCUGGUGUGAAGGAGCCCACUCUUGGGGACCUAGAAUGUGGCCUCAACAGUAGUCCUGGGGCUGGGGUUCUGGUUCAGCCACUAGGCAAAGGUGUUUAAUGACAUUCAUGUUCUUAGUGUAUGUUGCCAAUUUAGCAAAGCAUCCAUCGUUUUGAAGAGAUAACAGUUCAGUACUUUUUAAAACAGCUGUAUUGAGAUAUAAUUCACAUAUCACACAAUUCAACCAUUUAAAAUAGACUGUCUAGUGGUUUUUAGUAUGUCCUCAGAGUUGUACAACCAUCACCACUAUCAAUUUUAGAACAUUUUUAUCACCCAAUAAAGAAACUUCUUAACCAUAAGUAAUCAUUUUUCAUUUUUCUCUCCUCCCUUAUUCUGCUCUCCCCCACCAUAUACCUCCUGGCCCCAGGCAAUUACUUGUCUAAUAUCUGUCUCUAUAUAUUUGCCUAUUCUGGUUCUUAGCUCUUUUUUUUUUCUUGGGGGAGACAGGGUCUGGCUCUGUCCCCCAGGCUGGAGUGUAGUAGUACAAUCACGGCUCACUGCAGUCUCAAACUCCUGGGCUCAACCAAUCCUGCCUCACCCUCUCAAGUAGCUGGAACCACAGGUGUGUGCCAGUGCGCCCGACUAAUUUUUGUAUUUUUUGUAGAGAUGAGGUUUUGCCACAUUGCCCAGGCUGGUCUCAAACUCCUGGGCUCAAGAAAUCUGCCUGCCUCAGCCUCCCAAAGUGUUAGGACCACAGGCAUGAGCCACCACACCCAGCAGUUCUUUUUAUCUAACUCUAACUAUAUAUCGUUGACCAGGAUCUGCCUUCCCCGCUGCCCCCAAACACUUAAGCAUCUGGUAACCACCAUUCUACUCUCUCCUAUGAGAUUUGCUUUUUUAGAUUCUAAAUAUAAGUGAGAUCGUGUACUGUCUGUACCCGGCUUAUUUCACUUAACAUAAUAUUUUCCAGGGGUUCAACCAUGUGGUUGCAAAUGACAAGAUUUUGUUCUUUUUUAUUGCUGAAUAGUACUCCAUUGUGCAUAUGUCCAUUUUGUUUAUCCAUUCAUCUCUUGAUGGUCACUUAGGUUGCUUCCAUAUCUUGGCUAUAGUGAAUAAUGCCGCAGUGAACGUGGGAGUGCAAGAUGCCUUUUUGAUGUACUGAUUUCAUUUCCUUUGGGUAAAUACCCAGUAGUGGGAUUGCUGGAUCAUAUGCUAGUUCUAUUUUUAAUAUUUUGAAGAACCUCCCUACUGUUUGCCUUAAUGGGGAUACUAAUUUACAUUUUCUCCAAUAGCAUACAAAAGCUUUUUUUUCUCCACAUCCUUGCCAACACUUACCUUCUGUCUUUUUUUUUUCCAAGAAAGGCCCAAACAAAACUAAUAUUUUAUCUUUUUGGUAAUGGCCACUUUACCUGGUAUGAGUUGACUGAGGUGAUAUUUCAUUGUGGUUUUGAUUUUCAUUUUCUUAUUGAUUAGUGAUGUUGAACAUUUUUUCAUAUACCAAUUGGCCAUUUGCUUGUCUUUUGAGAAGUCUAUUCAGGUCUUUUGACCAUUUUUAAAUAGGGUUAUUUGUUUUCUUACUAUUAAGUUGUUUGAGUUCCUUUUAUAUUUUAGAUAUUAAACCUUUGUUGGAUGUAUACUUUGCAAAUAUAACAUUUUCUCCCAUUCUAUAGGUUGUCUCUUCACUCUAUCGGUUGUUUCCUUUGCUGUGCAGAAGCUUUUUAGUUUGAUGUAGUUUGAUUUGCCGAUUGUUUGCUUUUGUUGCCUGUGCUUUUGAAGUCUUGUUCAUAAAAUUCUUGCCCGUAUAAAUGUAAUGAAGCAUUUCCUCUGUGUUUCCUCUAGCAGUUUCGUAGUUUCGGGUCUUACAUCUAUGUCCUUAAUUCAUCUUGAGUUGAUUUGUGUAUAUGGUGGGAGAUAAGGGUUUAAUUUCAUUCUUCUGCAUAUGGAUUUUCAGUUUUCCCAGCAUCAUUUAUUGAAAGACUGUCCUUUCUUUUCAAUAAAUGUGUGUUCUUAGCACCUUUGUUGAAUAUCAGUUGGCUGUAAAUGUGUGGAUUUAUUCCUGGGUUCUCUGUUCCAUUGAUCUAUCUGUUUUUAUACCAGUACCAUGCUGUUUUUAUAACUUUAGUUUUAUGGCAUAUUUUGAAGUCAGGUAUUAUGAUGCCUCCAGCUUUGUUCUUUUUGCUCAAGAUUGCUUUGGCUAUUCAAGGUCUUUUGUGGUUACAUACGAAUUUUAGGAUUUUUUUUUCUGUCUCUGUGAAGAAUGUCAUUGGUAUUUUGAUAGGAAUUGCACUGAAUCUGCAGAUUGCUUUGGACAGUAUGAACAUUUAAGAAAUAAUUCUUUCAAUCCAUGAACACAGGAUAACUUUCCAUUUAUUUGUGUCUUCAGUUUCUUUCAUCAGUGUUUUAUAGUUUUCAUCCUAGAGAUUUUUCACCAUGGUUAAGUUUCUUUCUAGAUAUAUAUAUAUAUUUUUUAUAUUGUAUUGUAAAUGGGAUUUUCUUGAUUUCUUUUUCAUAUAGUUCACCAUUAAUGUAUAGAAAUGAUACUGGUUUAUGGCUGUAAUCCCAGCACUUUGGGAGGCCAAGGCAGGUGAGUUGCUUGAGCUCGCGAGUUUGCCACCAGCCUGGGCAACAUGGCAAAACCCUUUCUCUACAAAAAAAUACAAAGUUAGCCAGGUGUGGUGGUCCAAACUACUUGGGAGGCUGAAGUGGGAGGAUUGGUUGAGCCCAGGGGGUUGAGGCUGCAGUGAGCUGUGAUUGCAACACUGCACUUCAGCGUGGGCAACAGAGUGAGAUCUUGUCUCAAAAAAAAGAAAUAAUACUAGUUUUUGUGUGUGGGUUUUGUAUCCUGAAACUUUACUGAAUGUUUUUUAGUUCGAACAGUUUUUUUGGUGGAAUCUUUAGGAUUUUCUAUACUUACGAUCAUGUCAUCUGUAAACAGGGACAGUUUAACUUCCUCCUUUCCAAUUUGGAUGCCUUUUCUUUCUCUUGCCUAAUUGCCUAAUUACAGCAUGUUCCUAUUCUGUAAAUGUUCAAUGAACUAGAGAAUGAUUCUUGGGUAGUUAAUAUUGUCAAUGUUGAUGAACUCUUUUCCUUCUCUGAAAGCAGCUACUUUCUUGGAGGUUUCAAUUCUGCAUGGCAAUUUGCAGCAUUUGUAGUGGUACUGCUCCACAUUUUACAGCUUUAUGAAGAAGGUGUUUACUUUUUUUGGAAUUACCUUGAGACAUUUCAAACUGUGCAGAAGAUAAUGAUAUGCACGAAAGCAAAUGUCUUGCAGUUUGCUAUAACCACUUAUACAUCAUCUGGCUCUUGAAUAGCUUUAAGUCAGCUUUUAAAUCUCACUUGAAUUUGAGCAAAACCUUCAUCUUUAUAUGUAUCUGGACAAAUUACUUCAAUUGCUUGACAGUAAUGACCAAUCAAUUUAUUUAAAAUAAUAUCAUUUAGUAGGACAGUGUUUUUCUCUGGUUUGAGCAACAAAUUCAACCAGUCCUCUGGGUUGAUCAUCAUCAUCAUCAUUUGGUUAUCAGUUCCUGAGUUAUUUUUACCAGGGAGUUUUAUACUUUUAGAUAGCUAUUUUGAAUUAUCUCAGGAAUAUCAUAUAUCUCUGCCUCUUUAGAGUCAGUCACUGGCACUUUGUCUGUUUGGUGACAUCAUGUUUCCCUGACUGUUCUUCAUCUUUGUAGUUAUACAUUGAUAUCUGUGCAUUAAAUAUGUAGGUAUUUAUAAACAGUCUUUGCAAUCUGGCUUUGUCUGUGAUUGUCCUUGUACAGUAGGUCUGUCCAGAAGUUGUAAGCAUACUGUCUUUUUUGGUCUUUAAGCCCGUGAGCGCUACAGCCCGUGUAGUGCCAAAUGGUGCCCUAAGCCCAGGUUCCCUGCAGUCCACUCUGUGAUUUGUUUGUUGAUUGCUGUGAGCCCCACCCCCAUUCUUUGUUUCUAAUUUACACCUAGCAGGCUAACCCUGCUGGCACCGCAGUGCUUCCAGUGGGAAAGGACCAUAGUGUGCCCCUGUGAAGAGUCUCAGAAUGGUGGGGAAGGUGAAUGCCCACCUCCCACUCUCUUUUCCCACUGUAGAAACUGUGAUUCCAGAGAAAUUCUCCCAGUGCGGUGCUAUGUGGUCUUGCGGGAGGGGUGUUAUGAUCAAACAGAACCAUUCUCUUUACCCUCUGAUCAUGGUUUUUCUUGGCUUUGUGGUCCAGUGAGUUGUCACAGCUUCACUCCCAAUUUCUGGGAUAUUCAGGGCAAUAAUCUUGCCACUGGGUAUUUGCUAGUUGAAAUUAUGUGGUGGGGAGAGAAGCCAGUAACUUUUACUCCUCCGUUUGGCUGAUGUCACUCUCGAAUUCUGUACUUUCAUAUGGAUUGUAAUAGGGAGGGUCUAAAAGGAAGCUUCAGUUUUGGAUUUUUAGAGCUUCUUCUAAGUACAAUUGUUGAAUCAAGAGAUAAAAGUGGUAUGUUAUAACUGGAAAUACCCUGAGAUUAAAAAGGAGAUAAAUUAGCCCCACUAGGACAGUGCUAUUGGGAAUGUGAAUUGAUAUCACUUUCCUGGAGUCUAGUUUAGUAUUUAUUUUAUAUGGAAUGCCUGAAAAGAUGUGUGUCUCCUUUGAUUCAAUACUUAUAGGAAUUUACACAAAGGUUAUAAUCAAAGAUUAUACAACUGUUAUACUGGAAAAACAUGAAAUAUUCUAAUUAUGAAUUAAUUGGGGAUUGGUUAAAUAAACUAUGGUUUGAUAUGCUCUAAAAAAUAAUGUUACAGAAAAAAGUGUACUGAUACGGCAAAAUGUAUAUGACUUAUAGUUAAAAAAGCAGGUUAGAUGUUGAUAGAUACAGUAUGAUAGAAAAAGAUCAGGAAGGUAUAUGCUGACAUUUAAAUCUGGAUAUUUAUGAGUGUUUUUUAUUUCAAUCUUUGUACAUGCAUGUAUUUUCUAAAAAUUGUAUUACUAUCUUUGUAAUAAAGUAAAUUAUUUUUAAGGGACUAAAUAAUAAAUAUUUGUUACUUGA